UAUAUACCGAUGGUAUAGUCGCAUCAUAAGGACAGUGUUUCCUUAUUGUGCUUAUAGUUAAUAUUUUGUCCAUACUUGUCGCUGAAAUCGUACACGAUUCGAACGAAAGAUGGUGCUCGUAUGAAAAUCAAUUUCUGAGAUUAUUGGCAAUAAAAGGUUAUGUUUUAUAGAAUGACGUUAUGAAUACACGUUUCUACAAGUUCUUAUAACGCAAUUUUAUAAUAAAUAUGUUAAAAUGGAAAAGCCCUGUCGAACGUGCACUGACUUUAAAACAUGGGUAAAGUUACAGCAGCAAAUUUUUGAUUCAGGAAAGAAUGAUGCUCAAAAGCAGCAAGCAAAUAAUACUAGUACAAACAUUACUACUACUCAACGUGAUGAUUGUCCGUUAACUAGAGAUGAAAUAGGUUCAAAAACAUGGGCAUUUUUACAUACAAUGGCAGCCCGCUAUCCUGAUCAUCCAAGUGAAGAACAAAAAAGUGAUAUGAAAAAAUUCAUGUAUAUAUUUUCUAAGUUUUAUCCCUGCCACACUUGCGCAGAAGAUUUUCAAGAACAAUUAAAAAAUAUGCCACCACAAACUGACUCACAGAAAAUCUUGAGUCAAUGGCUAUGUGCUGUUCAUAAUAAGGUAAACAAAAAGUUAGGUAAACCAGAAUUUGAUUGCAAAUUAGUUGACCAAAGAUGGAGAGAUGGAUGGUUAGAUGGUUCGUGUGAUUGAAUUAAAAAAUGGCUCAUAAUCAGCAAGCAUUUUCUCUGUUGAAAUGAAUAAUAGAUUUAUCUUGAAGUUGUAAAUACAUGAAUAAAUACCUACAAAGAUAUUGGUAGGCAAUACAGAAACAAAAGAUUCACAGUUACACAAGAUUAUAUAAAUGUUUGUUUAUAUGGAUUUAAUACAAUAUACAUUUUUAUGAACACUAUUUUUAGAAAUUUUAUCCAUCAUUUCGUACUUUUUACAUAUUACUCCUAAGAAUAAGAGGAAGAGAUAAUAACAAUUAUGAGAUUGUGAAUGCUGUAACUACUUUUCGGAAUCGAGGCUCAUAACUGUGAUUUUGUCCAUUACCGCCAACUGGAACUACUUGGCAUGUUCUAAUAUGAAAUGGAAAACGCGAAUUUGCAAUAGUAGGCCGUGUAACGUAAAGAAAUGUUG